AUGAUCCGCACCGACAGCAUCCGCAAGCUCAGCGACUUCCGCACCGACGCGAGCGGUCACCUCCGCCGGCUCGAAGAGCUCGGCGGGGUGGAAAUCCUGACCGUCAACGGCGAGGCCAAGGGGGUCGUCAUGUCUCCCAAGGUCUUCGACGAGCUGGCUGAGAAGGCCCACCAGGCGGACAUCACCGCCGCGAUCCUGCGCGCCGACUCGUACACCCUGUCACUCGAUGAGCAGAUCGGCUACCUCCUGGGCGAGGGCGUCUCCGUCAGCACCGUCGACGGCUGGUACAGCCAGAUCCGAGCGGCGAUCGACCACCUGAUCGAGAUGCCCAGGCUCUACCCGGUGGACGAGUUCCAGACCGAGGCCGUCGGCGUCGAGACGCGCAAGAUCACCGCCGGCGAUUAUCUUGUAUUCUACCAGGUCGAUGACGGGGACCGGCUUGUUUUACUCGUCGCGUUCGUACAUGGCGCGACACGCGCCCAGGGUCUGAUUCCAGAGGCCUCCCACGUCGAGCAUGUCGGCCAGGGCGGCCAGAAACAGGUCUUUAAGGCCGAUCUCAAUGGCACGACAUACGCGGUGAAGUUCUGUUCGUUGCCAAGGAACGAGGAAGACGACGAGGACCCGGGCGUUGAGGCAGAGGCUCGGCUUCAGCGUGAGAUCGAGAUCAUGCGCAAGUGCGACUCGGAUCACAUGGUCCGACUAGGACCGAUCGAUCUCACGAUCACGCAACACGGUGACGAGCGUCUGAUCUACUUUGCCGAAGAGUACAUUGUCGGCAAGGAUCUGGCGGCAUGUCUGAAGGAUGGCGUAUUCGAGCCCGAAGAGACCGUGCGGCUCGGAUUGGAGAUCUCCGACGCGAUUCGAUCUCUGUGGUCACUCGACAAGAUACAUCGAGACAUUAAGCCGCAGAACAUCAUGCGACGCGAUCGUGACGGGUCGUUCGUCUUGCUCGACGCGGGCUUUGCCUUUGAUCUCCAUGGAGAGUCGCUCAGCCAGGGGCUCUUCGUAGGGACGAUGGCCUAUUCGCCGAUCGAACAAUUCGACUAUUCGAGGCGGCGGACCUCGCUCGACUUCAGGCUGGAUAUGUACUCGCUCGGGGUCACGAUGUAUCACAUGGUCACGGGUAUUCACCCGUUCCGUGGGCCUGGCGAUCGAUCGCAAACAAUGCUCGCAAACAUCAGGAACGGGAAACCUGCCAAGCCGAGCUCCCACAACGGGAAGGUGUCGAAAGAACUCGAUACCACGAUUCUUCGGAUGAUGGGUCGCUCGCCUCACCAGCGCUUCAGGACGAUCGACAUGCUGACGGAGAGCCUCAGAAAGGCAGGGGGAGCGUAA